AUGCUGGCGCAGGCCACCGCUGCCUCUGAUAGAGUGGUGUAUCCUCUCAGCGUUGACGAUCUUGAGUGCGAACGAUGCUUCGCCCAGGAUGGCGCGAUCUUGGACUUGAAGGCUGUGGGCAUCCAAAUCGUGGAAUCCACAUGCUCGGUUGGUCACAGUCAAAUUCUAGGCUACUUGCAAAAGGCUAAAACCAUGCUUGACAUCGAUUUCGACUGCGAUCCUGACUAUGAGGUGUCCAUAAGUCCACUCUUCGAACCGACUGUGGGAACGAAUCCAGAAUGUACCGGCGGUAACCAAGUUCUCUGGACGAACGACCCUGCCUCUUCUUGCCAGCGUAACCUCGAGCUCAUUCGCCUCGGAAAGGCCUGGCGCGCGGCUUCGAGAGGCCACCUUCAAGAUGCCGUCUUGGCUAUCAUCGAUUCGGGAGUUGAUAUGACUCAUCCGGAUUUGGUCGGUCAGUUCUGGGAGAAUCCAGAAGAUGGUUCAAUCGGCUACAACUUCAUUACGAAUACUACCGAUGUUACUGAUGACAAUGGUCAUGGUACUCACUGUGCUGGCAACGCGGCCGCUCAUACUAACAAUCGCAUCGGCAUCGCAGGGGUGGCGAAUGCCAACUUCACAGUACCCUAUGUGAAGUUGAUGAUAUUGAAGUUCCUCGGUUCAAAUGGACGUGGUUCUAUCAGUAACGCAAUUAGAGCCCUGAACUACGCGGUUGAGCAUGGUGCUAAUGUAUCCUCUAACUCCUAUGGGGGAACAUAUAAAACUGAAACCGCGAGAGUCGCAUUCGAGAAUGCCGCGGCUGCUGGACAUGCUAUCUUUGCCGCUGCUGGAAACUCCGGGAAAAAUCUGAAGAGUUGGCCAUCCUAUCCUUGCGAGUUCGCAGAGAACAUCACGGGUAUGCUCUGUGUCGCGGCCAGUACUUCCGACCCGGAUAGGCCCGCCUCUCUCGCAGACUGGUCGGACGCUGGAUCGGUUACUAAGAUCGCCGCUCCUGGUGUGUGGAUCUAUUCGACGUUUCUCGCAGGACAAUACAAUUAUAUGAGUGGUACUUCGGCUUCGACGGCUACAGCUGCCGGUGUCGGCGCCUUGAUCAGUAGCUUGGGAGAAGCUGGUGGAAACUUAACUGAGGUCCUUCUCAAGUCUAAAACAGCUGGUAUUCCCAAUAAUUUCAACCUUACCGAUGUCGGGGAGAUUGAUGCUCUGAGGGCAGUUGAAAUCAGCCGAUGA